GAGAGGGUUGCGAAAUGGUUUUAGCGGUGUGUCAUAACAUCCUGUCAGAAACAGCAAAGGAUGUUAACAGAGCUGUUACUUUGCUAAGAAGCAACUAAUGCACCGUACUCUGGGUUGAGUAGUGAACACUGGACGGGGGAAAAGGCUCCACAUAGAAAGGAUGUCUCCAGAGACAGAGUCCAGGUCGCAAAGUGCAGAAGUGAUUGCAACAACUGUUGUGGUGAACAUUAUUUGGUGGAUGGUAAUGAUAGCAGCCAUUGUAUUAGGGGUCGUAUAUCUGCGUCAAUGUCCUGUGCAGCACCUCAUCCCCAUCUACCUGCUGGUGAUGGGUGCGUCCAGCAUCGGCUCUCUGUGUGUGACGUACAUCAGGACUGCCCUCCAGGACAGCGCUUGCUUUCUCCUCAUAACCAUCUUCAUGUCCCUCCUGCACAUCUUCAAUCUCUUCUGGUUCGUAGCAGGCACUUACUGGGUUUAUAGCGUCUAUCCCCCAGACUACUCACCUCACACAGUUCGGUACUGCCACAAGACUACCUACCUGUUUGCCUUUAUUGUCAACACGAUUAUGUGGGGCGCCAUUGCUCUCAUGUUUGUGUGCGGCUGUUGCGGCUAUCUGCUGAUCUGCUGCGGGGCGUUGAAUGCGAGACCCAACUUGAUACCAAUCCGCAGGUCCUUCUAUGGUACAAUAGGGGAUCACCAAGAGUCAGCCGGUGGCGAUGUGUGAUUAAAAUCCAGGUUCACAUCUGCAGAUGUUUUCAGGAAUUCACCUUUAGACUUCCUCACGGCAUUGAUACAGAUUCAGCUCCUGUUGCCUAGGAUUAUUUUUAUUAUUUGUUUACACAAUGAUGGAUUUCUUUAUUAUUCUUUCUGCAAAACUCCUGUAAGUUCUUAACAUUUGUUUGACGUAGCAUUUACUGUUCAGAGUUUGGGCGGCACAUGACGAGCUUUUAAUACAGCAGCACUUUUUUUUUGCAUGCAGAAACUUUCUAUAAUCCACGUUUACUUUCUAUAUGGGAUGAGCUGAUGACGUCUUUGAUUUUUGUCGCAAUUUUACAUGAGCAAAUAUUGGUCACCUCAAAAUGUAAUGCUCAAUGCUUACAGGAACUGUUUUAACCACAAAUCCUAAAUGAUGUCGGCAAUAUCUUUUUUUUAAAAAAGCAUUAACUUUCUUCUGUAGUGUAAUAUGCGUUGCUGUUGAAACUUGUGUAACUGUGAUUGCGCACAACAGUGGUACCACUGUCUGCCACAACACUGUGGAGUACACUUUUACAUCACUGCAGGAAAGUGGCAGUUUUACUCACUGGAGGUCGAAAUAGGUGUAUGUGCUUGUGUAUGUGUGUAGUAUUGACAAACAGGGAUUCAUAAAAUAUGAGGUAAUCAGAAAUCAUUGUAAUUAACAAUGUAUUUGAAAUUGUAAUUAGCAAUGUACAUAAUAAACAAGAAAAUAAUAAAAAUCUGAGAAUACUA